AUCUCUUGCCUCCCCUCUUGAUCCCUCCAUCGUCACCUCUUCCUGCUCCCCCCUGUCAGCCUUUUCCCAUUUGAUGCCGAGCUCUCACAUCUCCUUUUGACCGCCCCCAAAGCUGACCAUUCUCCAUCCGUUGAAUAGUAAACCUUGUCUUCGUCUCUCUCUGCUUUCCUGCGCCAGCGAGCCGCUGCCCGACGUUUCCACAUCUCCAGAAGGUCAUCCUUUAAGACUUCGAUCAUUCCGCCCGCUGUCCCGAACGCGGCUGCUUUUGCCGUUGCCAAUUCCAGCCCGAUUUCUUCUCGAAUCGCAGUCUCCAAAUCCUUCAAUCCCUCUGCCGUGUCAAAUCUGGAAACCUGGCUAUAAAAGCCCGCGUCGCUAUUGCAUGGCUGGUAAAACCAUGCAGAGCAGCUCUGCUGUGGCGGGCAUAGCAAUGUGACGUUGUUUCUACGGUGAACCAAGCGCGAAUUGUAGUACCAUCGACACCCCCAAGCCGUACUACUGCAGUGACGACGCACAAGAGCAGAUGGAUCGAUUGAUGGAGUGCUACUGGCUAGGCUGUGAUCGCCUCGGGGAUGCGCUCCGCCGGGCCGUCGUGGUUUCCGGCCCUUACCUCCUGUGCUCGGUCGCCUUCUUCCUGCUGUGGGAGCAGCUAUCCUACCUCCGCAAGAAGGGCUCGCUCCCGGGGCCUCACUUUGUCGUUCCCUUCCUCGGCAGCGCCAUUCCCAUGAUCAUGAACCCGACGCAGUUCUGGGAGCGGCAGGCGGCGCUCGCCCGCGAUUCCGGACUUGGCGUCUCCGCCAACUUCCUCGUCGGCCGCUUCAUCGUAUUCGUCCGCUCCACCGAGCUCUCCCGCAAGGUGUUCGCCAACGUCCGCCCCGACGCCUUCCACCUCAUCGGCCACCCCUUUGGCAAGAAGCUCUUCGGCGAGCACAACCUCAUCUACAUGUUCGACCAGCGGCAUAAGGACCUCCGCCGACGCAUCGCCCCCAACUUCACCCCCCGCGCCCUCUCCACCUACAUCGACAUCCAGCAGGGCGUCAUCCUCGCCCACCUACGCAAGUGGCUGGCCCUGGCCGCUUCUUCUCCUAAACCCAUCGCGCUCCGGCUCCUUUGCAGGGACCUCAACCUCGAGACUUCACAGACCGUCUUCGCGGGGCCGCACCUCACUCCCGCCGCGCGCGAACAGUUCAACCGGGACUACAACCUCUUCAACGUGGGCCUCAUGGCCAUCCCAUUUGACCUCCCAGGGUUCGCCUUCCGGCGGGCACGGCUGGCCGUCUCCCGCCUGAUCCGUACCCUCUCCGGCUGCGUCGCCAGGAGCAAAGAGCGCAUGCACGGCGGCAGCGAGCCGUGCUGCCUCGUCGACUUCUGGAUGCAGGACACCUUGCGCGAGAUCGCAGAGGCGGAGGCGGCGGGCGUUCCUCCGCCGCCUGAGACGGGGGACGCUGAGAUCGGAGGUCACCUGUUCGACUUCCUCUUCGCGGCGCAGGACGCUUCCACCUCCUCCCUUCUGUGGGCGGUGGCGAUGUUGGACGCCCACCCGGAGGUGCUCGCGCGGGUGCGGGCGGAGGUGGCGGCGCUAUGGAUGCCGGAGUCGGGCCGGGCCAUCACGGCGGAGCAGGUGCGCGAAAUGCGGUACACGGAGGCGGUGGCACGGGAGGUGGUGCGGUACCGGCCGCCGGCGACGAUGGUGCCUCACAUUGCCGGGGAGUCGUUCCCGCUGACGGAGUGGUACACGGUGCCCAAGGGGGCGAUCGUGUUCCCGUCGGCGUACGAGUCGUCGUUCCAGGGGUUCACGGAGCCGGACCGGUUCGACCCGGACCGGUUCUCGGAGGAGCGGGCGGAGGACCGGGUCCACAAGCGCCACUUCCUGGCCUUCGGAGCGGGGGCGCACCAGUGCGUGGGCCAGCGCUACGCCAUUAACCACCUCGUCCUCUUCAUUGCGCUCUUCGCGUCGCUGGUGGACUUCAAGCGCCACCACACGGACGGCUGCGACGAGAUCGCGUACGUGCCUACCAUCGUGCCCAAGGACGAUUGCACCGUCUACCUCUCCAGGCGGCUCGCUUCGUCGUGAUCUCAUCCGAGGCCCGAGCUGGGCCCGGGUGGGUGCUACCCGUUUCUUACUCCAGUGUGGUGUGUCCAAAGUGGGAUACGGUCCAUUUAUUCCCUGGUCCUCCUCUUCUUCUUCUUCUUCUUCUUCUUGGUGAACAGAGGAGGAAUGCGUCCGGCAUUGUUGGGGGUCUGGUAAUUUGGAUAACGGAAGGUGCGGAACAAGAGGUGGUAAAUACUGUGCGUCGUCGGUCUCCUCGGUCCUGGUCAUCUGGUUUGGUGGGUCUAUUAGCUUCCAUAUGCGUGUGUGCCACAGUACAUGAAGGAUUCCUGUGUACCAAGAUUUCUUGUUGUU